CUUUCAUGCUUUUUCUCUCAAAACGCUGGCCGAGAACAAAGCGUUGAGCACGCCAGGCUGCGCUGUUUCCCUUCGUGAUGAAUAAAAGGCGAUGACCAUGAAGACAUCACGGGCCGUCUUGGCUACAGUCCUGCUGCAGCUUAUCGUCAGAUCUACUCAUGCAUUCCAUCCGCCGACUUCGCCCCUGCUCUUCAACAAGCGCCAGGCAGAUCGGGGAUCACUCCAACUGACAGUGAGUGCACGACACGCCGACAUGCACGUACUCACAUACGCAUCCUCUUUGUGUCUGUGUCUGUGACAGAAUCGCCGGAGGGGACGCACUGCCAGUGCAUGUCUUCAACCGCUCGUUCCCGCGCUAUCAGGCGUGGCGUGUGGCGUCACCCUCGUGGCCUUCCUUCCAUACAGCCUGUCAUUCCUCGCACAAGCCCUUACAGAAGUCAAGAAAGUCGCUGCGUAUGUGCACAGGGGGGGAGGGAGAGAGGAGGGAUUCAUUUACUCGUGGGGCGGCGUGCGUGCAUGUUUUGUGUGUCGUACCUGUGUGUGUGUGUGUGUGUGUGUGUGUGUGUGCAGGCUGCUCCCCGAUGUGCUGGAAUGGCCAGCUGUGGCUGUUGGUUACCUGUAUGUGAUUUCUCUCUACUGGCAGGGGAUGCGCGUCGUGUGUGUUUCAAUAGGGUCCUUGCUCUUGCGUGAGUCAGGCAGCCUGACUCAGUGACGUUUGUCAGUCUUCGCUCACUUGGCCGAUGAAGUGCAUCCAUCCCUCCAUGCAUAAAUGGACAGACAUGUCUGUGACAAAUUGAUGACAGGUCUGCAGGUUAUGUACAGAACAUUCA